ACUCACAGUGGAGGACUCAAGAAAUGUGGAUGUCGUUUUAUUCCUCUCCAUUUUAGUGCCUUUUCUGGUCCUUCGGAGUGGUACAUGCCGAUCCACUGGCGCACCAAGUCAGGCCUGUUCAUCUCUGACGCCAAGCCAUCCUGGAUCCUCGCAGCCAAGCAAUACAAGUCCCUACCAACUAGAGCUGAUUUCUGGCAACAGCUAUGCUGCGGGGGAAACAGUAACAGUUCGUCUUAGCGCCAACCCUAGCACGACCACCUUCAAGGGCGUCAUUAUGCAGGCCCGCCAGGUCACUGAUGGUUCUAUCGUGGGUUCUUGGCAGCUAUCAGACAGCGAUUAUCAGCACCUUGCAUGCCCAGGAGAUACCGAUGGUCAAGGGACUAUCACACACACACACGGACAGCUCGUCAAGACACUGCCGGUAACAUUCACUUGGAAUGCUCCAGUUGAGCUAGUUGGUGAUCUGGAAUUUCAGUUUUCGGUUGUCCAGGAAUACGUAACGUAUUGGACAAAUAUGAAGUCCUCCAUCGUUGCUCCAGCAGCAAACUCUUGCAUUUCCAACCCAUGUCAGAAUGGGGCAACAUGUUUACCAGGAACCAAUAGCCAUACCUGCGUUUGUGAUGCAGGCUUUACUGGACUAAACUGUCAAACUGCAACAAGCCCAACACCUCCUUGUCUUUCAAACCCAUGUCUGAACGGGGCAACAUGUUUGACUGGAACCAGUAGCUAUGUUUGUACAUGCACUGCAGGCUUUACAGGAACAAACUGUCAAACUGCAACAAGUCCAACACCUCCUUGUCUUUCAAACCCAUGUCUGAAUGGGGCAAUAUGUUUGACUGGAACCAAUAGCUAUGUCUGUCAAUGUGCUACAGGCUUCACUGGAACAAACUGUCAAACUUCAAGUUCAACACCUCCGUGUCUUUCAAACCCAUGUCUGAAUGGGGCAACAUGUUUGACUGGAACCAAUAGCUAUGUCUGUUCAUGCACUGAAGGCUUUACAGGAACAAACUGUCAAACUGCAACAAGUCCAACACCUCCUUGUCUCUCAAACCCAUGUGGGAAUGGGGCAAUAUGUUUGACUGGAACCAAUAGCUAUGUCUGUCAAUGUGCUACAGGCUUCACUGGAACAAACUGUCAAACUUCAAGUUCAACACCUCCGUGUCUUUCAAACCCAUGUCUGAAUGGGGCAACAUGUUUGACCGGAACCAGUAGCUAUGUCUGCACAUGCACUGCAGGCUUUACAGGAACAAACUGUCAAACUUCAAGUCCAACACCUUGUCUUUCAAACCCAUGUCUGAACGGAGCAACUUGCUCACCAGGAACCAAUAGCUAUACCUGUGUUUGUGAUGCAGGUUUUACUGGAAUAAACUGUCAAACUGCAACAAGCCCAACACCUCCUUGUCUUUCAAACCCAUGUCUAAAUGGGGCAACAUGUUUGACUGGAACCAAUAGCUAUGUCUGUACAUGCACUGCAGGCUUUACAGGAACAAACUGUCAAACUGCAACAAGUCCAACACCUCCUUGUCUCUCAAACCCAUGUGGGAAUGGGGCAAUAUGUUUGACUGGAACCAAUAGCUAUGUCUGUCAAUGUGCUACAGGCUUCACUGGAACAAACUGUCAAACUUCAAGUUCAACACCUCCGUGUCUUUCAAACCCAUGUCUGAAUGGGGCAACAUGUUUGACCGGAACCAGUAGCUAUGUCUGCACAUGCACUGCAGGCUUUACAGGAACAAACUGUCAAACUUCAAGUCCAACACCUUGUCUUUCAAACCCAUGUCUGAACGGAGCAACUUGCUCACCAGGAACCAAUAGCUAUACCUGUGUUUGUGAUGCAGGUUUUACUGGAAUAAACUGUCAAACUGCAACAAGCCCAACACCUCCUUGUCUUUCAAACCCAUGUCUAAAUGGGGCAACAUGUUUGACUGGAACCAAUAGCUAUGUCUGUACAUGCACUGCAGGCUUUACAGGAACAAACUGUCAAACUGCAACAAGUCCAACACCUCCUUGUCUUUCAAACCCAUGUCUGAAUGGGGCAACAUGUUUGACUGGAACCAAUAGCUAUGUCUGUCAAUGUGCUGCAGGCUUUACUGGACCACACUGUCAAGUUUUUACAAACCUUUGUAAUUCCGACCCAUGUCUGAAUGGGGCAACUUGCUCACCAGGAGUCAAUAGCUAUACCUGCGUUUGUGAUGCAGGCUUUACUGGAAUAAACUGUCAAAUUGCAAGUCCAACUCCUCCUUGUGUUUCAAACCCAUGUCUGAACGGGGCAACUUGUUUGCCUGGAACCAAAAGCUAUGUCUGUCAAUGUGCUACAGGCUUUACUGGAACAAACUGUCAAACAGAUUGGUUGGAUUCAACACCACCAGUAGUAACUUGUCCAGCUGACUUUAGUUCUGAGGUUCCAAUUGGUAGUUUUAGCAAGCAAGAGUCAUGGACUCUACCAACAGUAACUGAUAACUCUGGAAGCUUCUUUUUGGUAUCAAGCACGUACAAUCCUAACGACUUUUUCCCUGUUGGUGAAACCACAAUAAUGUACACAUACAGAGAUGCUUCCAACAACAUCAAUACCUGCAGUUUUACUCUAACGAUUGUUGAAGAUUCCUGUGACUCUUCUCCAUGUAAAAACAAUGCAAAUUGUAUCACAUUACCCGGGAACUCUAUCUUCUGUGAGUGCUUCAAUGGAUACACAGGAACCUAUUGUGAAAUUGCCCCAGAUCUUUGUUCUGUGCAGCCAUGCGAGAAUGGAGGCACUUGCCACCAGCUUUCUGACUUCAAAUAUGGGUGUGUCUGCGAAAAUGGAUUCUCCGGGUUGAACUGUGAAAUUCCUUCAGACGUCUGUGUGAGCGCACCCUGUAAAAAUGGAGCAACAUGUGUCAAUGAAUCACCAUUAUAUACCUGCAUCUGCACCGCCGCCUAUAUUGGUCAAGACUGCUCUAUUCCAGAUCUUUGUUCUGUGCAGCCAUGCGAGAAUGGAGGCACUUGCUACCAGCUUUCUGACUUCAAAUAUGGGUGUGUCUGCGAAAAUGGAUUCUCCGGGUUGAACUGUGAAAUUCCUUCAGCCACGGAUGACGCACCUCCAGUUGAUUCAACUACGACUAUAGUUAUCAUCUGCAUGAUCAUCUUGGUCGUCAUUCUUGUGUUUGGGUGUCUGGUUUACUUUCUCAGAUAUCGAGAGAGAAAACCACAAGAACCAACGCGGGACCAAGAAAUGACGGGUUACGAAAACAGAAUAACAGACGACGAUAAAAUCAACACAGCUGCAAUUGACUCCGGGUCAGUUGGUCAGAAUCUAGCAUCUGGAUAUGAGCCAGUUCGAGAUGUUCAUGUAUCUCCAACCUAUGAAUAUGUUGGUUUACCUACAUGGGCUGAACCAUGGAAUGUAUUGUGGGACAACUUUAUUGUAGGAACAAAAGUACUAAGGAAGGGGCAGUUUGGUGAGGUGUUGUACGGUGGAGUAAUGAUUGCUGGAGAACUCUGCAAGGCUGCAAUCAAGAAGCUGCAAGAACAUGCCUCCCCAGCCGAGAGAAAGAUCUUCCUGGAUGAAUUUCUGUCCAUGACCAAGAUUGGACAGCAUCCAAACAUUGUCAUGCUUCUUGGUGCGUGUCAACACGAAGGUGAAUUAUACGUGGCCACGGAGUAUCUUCCCAAUGGUGACCUUCGUUCCUACCUCAGGAAUGCUCGAUCAAUGGAUGGUGAAGAAUCUAUGUCUUCUGACUUGCUCCAGUUUGCUUUGGAUGUCGCUAAAGGAAUGCAACACCUUGCUGCAACAGGAGUGAUACACCGAGAUUUGGCGGCAAGAAAUAUACUUCUGGAUGAAAAUCUGGUGGCAAAGAUUUCUGAUUAUGGUUUAUCACGAGGAGAAGAUACCUAUGUGCAGACGUCAAAAACUCGUGUUCCUGCACGCUGGUUGUCUUUGGAGUCCUUGACAAGCAAGACUUACACUACAAAGAGUGACGUAUGGUCUUAUGGAGUCCUCCUCUGGGAGAUUGCAACUGCUGGUGGUACACCAUACCCAGGGAUACCAACCGGUGUCCUAGCGUCGAAAUUGAAGAAUGGAUAUCGCAUGCCUAAACCAACCAACUGCCAUGUCAAGAUCUACGACUUGAUGCUGAAAUGCUGGCGGGAAAAACCAGACGAGCGUCCUUCCUUCAAGAACAUCGUGACCGUUCUAACCACAAUGACCGAGAACCAAGAUGAUCAGAUGUACAUGAUCCCGUCACCAAGAUCCGGAGAGCAAAAUGUGAACAUUUACUUAGAGUUUGAGGACAAAUAGGUUUUGUUGAAGUUUGUUUAUAUAUCUUCAUCAGACGCGUUGCGAGGAUUGGGACAAUGUCUUUUGUCAAGUUCCAACGUUUACAAAGUAUCUAACAUCCGAUAAAUCUACUCCGCGGUAGUAGAAUAAAGAAAGACAGUUCUCUAAAGAACAUAAUCUACCUGGCAAGAAGAUAAACACAUGGUUUUAUCGCAGACCAAAUAUUGAAACCUCACCAUGCAAUGCCUCAAAUCUUAUAUCAAACUUUUGUUAAUCCUGUAGGGACUAUUUUGUUGUUGUCGUUCAAAUAGUUUGCAGAGCUUAUAAUAUUUUCUCCCGACGAUCGAGCAUAGUUAAAAAGCACGACAGUUCUUUUCAGACGCUGAGAAAUCUCCCGAAAAUUCCGAUAAAUCUACUCCGCGGUAAAUAUAUAGCAAGACA